CAGCUCGUGAAAUCUGACGAACUGAAGCUGUCUUCGCAAACGCACAUCACAUUUUGCACAACAUCGUACUUAUCGCCUCCCUCUCGCUCUCUCUCUCCCUCUCCGCCAUGCAAGCUCUUCAAUCCUCCUCCCUCCGCGCUUCUCCGCCGAACCCACUUCGAACACCUUCCAACCGCCAAUCCCAUCAGAUCACCACCAAUGCGAGACCCACCACGAGACGCUCCUUCAUCUCCGCAUCAGCCUCCGUCUCCGCUCCCAAACGCGAGACGGAUCCGAAGAAACGCGUCGUGAUUACCGGAAUGGGCCUCGUCUCCGUCUUCGGCAACGACGUCGAUGCGUACUACGAGAAGCUCCUCUCCGGCGAGAGUGGAAUCAGCUUGAUCGAUCGAUUCGAUGCCUCCAAGUUCCCGACUCGAUUCGGUGGCCAGAUCCGUGGGUUUAGCUCCGAAGGGUACAUUGAUGGGAAGAAUGAGCGGAGGCUUGAUGAUUGCUUGAAGUACUGCAUUGUCGCUGGGAAGAAGGCUCUUGAAAGUGCCAAUCUUGGUGGUGAUAAGCUUAACACGAUUGAUAAGCAGAAAGCUGGAGUACUAGUUGGGACUGGUAUGGGUGGUUUGACUGUGUUUUCAGACGGUGUUCAAGCUUUAGUUGAGAAAGGUCACAGGAGGAUAUCUCCCUUCUUUAUUCCUUACGCUAUCACGAACAUGGGUUCUGCUUUGUUGGCGAUUGAUCUUGGUCUUAUGGGUCCGAACUACUCGAUCUCUACCGCUUGUGCUACUUCUAACUACUGCUUUUACGCUGCUGCGAACCACAUUCGCCGUGGUGAAGCUGAUAUGAUGGUUGCUGGUGGAACCGAGGCUGCUAUUAUACCUAUUGGGUUGGGAGGUUUUGUUGCUUGUAGGGCAUUGUCGCAGAGAAAUGAUGACCCUCAAACUGCUUCAAGGCCGUGGGAUAAACAGAGAGAUGGAUUUGUCAUGGGUGAAGGCGCUGGUGUGCUGGUGAUGGAAAGCUUGGAACAUGCCAUGAAACGUGGUGCUCCAAUUGUAGCAGAGUAUCUUGGAGGUGCUGUUAACUGUGAUGCUCAUCAUAUGACUGAUCCAAGAGCUGAUGGGCUUGGUGUCUCUUCCUGCAUUGAAAGCUGCCUUGAAGAUGCUGGUGUAUCACCCGAGGAGGUAAACUACAUCAAUGCCCAUGCAACUUCAACUCUUGCUGGUGAUCUUGCUGAGAUCAAUGCCAUUAAAAAGGUGUUCAAAAGCACUUCAGGGAUCAAAAUCAAUGCCACUAAGUCUAUGAUAGGUCACUGCCUCGGUGCAGCUGGAGGUCUCGAAGCUAUUGCCACCGUGAAGGCUAUCAACACUGGAUGGCUUCAUCCCUCUAUCAACCAAUUUAACCCAGAACCAGCAGUGGACUUUGACACGGUCGCAAACGAGAAGAAGCAGCACGAGGUUAAUGUUGCUAUAUCAAACUCGUUUGGGUUCGGUGGACAUAACUCAGUCGUGGCAUUCUCUGCAUUCAAACCCUGAUUCCUUCAUACCCUUUAGAUUCUCUGCUCCAUCACCAUUAUCUUCCUUGCAGCUUCCUGGUUCAGUUCCAUUCAGUUUUUUUCUUUCUUUUUUUUCUUAUUGUUCAUUAAGCUGGUUGAGAUUUCAGAUUUUGUUUCUGUACGGAAUGUUGUAUCUUAGUUCCUUUCAUACUUUGCCUAAACAAAACCUAGAAUCUUUGUAGCAAUGGUGUUAGUGUCAGAAUAAAACUCAAGUAAGGGAUUUUCAUUUUUUUUUUCCUCAACAA